UCAACAGGCAGCAGCAGCAGCAGUUUGAGACUCGUGAGAUUUUCUAGUGUGAACUAUUCCGCGUUUGCGCCGUUUUUUCACGAACUGUAUCAUUUUUUAAAAACUUGUUUUUCGGCGGUUGUGACCUUAAAACUCUUGCGUCCUUAUCAGCGAUUCGAGUUCGACUUGUUAAAAACAAAUUCUACGUUGUUGUGGUGUGCGGGGACUGUGCGCAGUUGAAUCAAAACGACCUGAGCGAUCGUGAUGUUUGGUGACUAAAAGGGUGUGUCGAAUUGUGUCACAUCAACCAUUGUUAUUGAGUCUGCGGUGCUGUAUAGUGUCAGAUUUGUUUCCGUGCAUUUCGACAUGAGGCGAUGACGUCAAAGCCGUGCUCACCUUCCACAUAGAACCAGAGGGAAAAGGGAGAGCCAGAGCCGAGUGUUUUUUGGGGAAAACAAAACUGCCCUUAAGCAAAAGAGAAAUUUUCAUUUUCUCUUUUGCGUUAUAGUGACAUGACCAUCAAUUGACGUGCGAGUUGCUUAAAGAAAAAAAAAACUUUUAAAAUCGGCGUUUCGCUUUGGUGCCACUGUUUUGGACCAACGGCGAACGUGACCCUGCAAAUAAGUAGUGAGAAUCUCAUGUCGCAUGACGGUGAAAUGUUUGUUCAACGAAACUUUCGUCAUUCAAUUCUGGUAGCCGUUCUUGCCUUGGCCGGCUUAGUCGUGUCAGAGUUUCCGGCUCCUCGACUGCUCCCGCCUGGUGAUGAACAGAUCUAUCAAAGUGGCGGCACUUUUCGACUGACGUGCGAAGCUCCCAGGCCUGUAGAAUGGAAAUUACCAGUCUUAUCGCCUCAUUUGGAAACGAGUUCCCAUGACGGAACUAAUGUCACCGAAGAAAUUAUCUCCCCAGCAACGGAUGGUUAUGAAUAUCGCUCUUCGUUAGAAAUCAAAAGCGCAUCAAUCUUGAAUACGGGAUAUUACAUCUGUCAUUACAAAGGAAAUGCCAACAUAGAUGAUCCGCUACUGGCGGUAAAAACUUACGUUUACGUUGAAGAUGAAACAUUUUUGAUUGUUAACGUUGGAGAUGAGGGAAUUGUCACCGUUGUAGCCCACCAGUCCAGCCGGGAAGUUAUUCCGUGCAAACCUACCAGUCCCAAGGUGGAACUAACACUUUUUGAUCCCAAUGGAUUGGAGAUUAACCCACAGACAGAUCCUGAUUUAUGGUCCUACAAUCCGCACGAAGGAUUCAUCGUCAGUGAGGUGGCGGUGGAUAUGUCCGGCAUGUAUCAAUGCACAGCUGUGUACAGGCGAAACGGAGCCAGUUUUCCCUCGCAUGAAACGAUUACUUACGUUGUAUCGGUUCAACCUGCAACAGCUGGAGCUCCAAAACCGCACAUCAACGAUGCAUUUGCCAGCAAAAUUGCUCUUCAUGAUAAUUUCCAACUCAAUUGCUCGGCUUCUUACGAUCCCGGAGUAACCAUCGACCUUAAAUGGUUCGUACCGCAUCGUGAUGGAAUUGACGGCCAUCGCAUUCGUACCGGCAAACUGUCCGUUAACAAGGGCAUUGUAGGAGGAAUGGAGCAACAAAUCGCCCAUCAAGUGCUGAAUGUCGCCAACGCUACCGAAGAGGAUGAAGGUUAUUACGAGUGUCAAACUAUCGACCACACCGGUAAAUUUGAAUUGACCAAGGUUUUCAUCAAAAUUCACGGUGAGGACGUGUCGUACGUUAACAUCUCCGAUUUUGGACUCCAGUCGAAUUUGGAACAGCCGGCCAAUCAGACCAUCAAAUGGGUCGUAUUUUACGAAGCCUAUCCCAAGCCGCAAAUCACCUGGUCAAAAGGCAGCCGCGAAAACAUCAUUCGAAACACAAGUUCGAAAUACGUUAUCAAAGACGAAUUGAAGAGAACAGUUUUAGAGAUUAAGGAGAUUGGACUGGCUGAUAGCGGUCAAUAUUUGCUUACCGUGCGCACAAACAGGGUGGAAGAUACGCGUAACUUUACCCUUCGUGUCAAAGACAAACCAAUGGUGAAGGCUCACUCCGAUUCACAAAAAUCGAUCCACUUAAAUGAGCGGUUCUAUUUGGGCUGCCAGAUUACAGCUUACCCAGAGGCUACGAUCGAACUUUUCUUUCGGGAAUGUCUCCCCCAAAGGCCGUGCUCGGAAAAUUGGAAACCCCUUUCAUUAAAUCAAACCUCUGGAUCAGAUAAAAAUUCGGUGAACGAAGAAAACGUAAAAGUCACGAAGGUUGACUUUCAGACGAAAAAGGUGGCUGUAGUAGGACGAGCUCGGGUGGCAGGUCAAUACCGAUGUUUUGCGCGCAAUAGCCUGGGAAGCACAGGAAGCCCAGAAGAGAAGGGGACUUAUGUCCAAAUAUUUGUCAGCGAUUUAUCGAGUGACAAUCCGAACGGAACGGAAUUUAUCAAAUCCCACCCGAAUAACCCAGUAGCCGGCGAGAAAUUCAAUUUGACGUGCGGCGUUUUAUUGCAGAAAUUCAAGCAGCAGAUUUCCUGGUCGUGGACAGAUUCUAGUGGGAAAACGUCCGUAAUUAAUAAUUCCCAGAAACCCCCAGGUGGUGAACUAUCAAAUAAGUUGAACAAAUACUCUUACGUCGAGGCGCUAAUGUGGCAGAACAUAUCGAAAGCCGCCACUGGAACGUACAGUUGUCAAACCACUUCAUUGGAGAACGAUUCGUUCAACACUUCAAUUGCUUUUCAAAUUAUAUCUGGCCAAUCUCCGCGUAUCCACAACGCUUCUAAUUCGGAAGUAUCAAUCGAUCAGUUUACCGAAUUAUAUCUUUUUUGCUAUGCUGAGGGCCUACCGAUCCCAAAAGCUGAAUGGAUUAAGGACUACGGAACUGUUAUAACGGAAGGAGUGUCAGAAACGACGUCUGGUUCAUCACUGUACAUUCGAUACGCCAAUAUAAGCCAUGCUGGCUCGUAUACCUGCCGUUUUAAGAGCAUCAAAGGCGAAGAUGAACGCACGAUGUUAGUGGAAGUUCGUGAAAAACCCAUUCACGCCGGAAUCUAUGUCGCAAUAGCCGUUGUCAUUGCGAUCGUAUUGGUGUUGAUCGUCGUUUUGGCCAGGAGAAUCCACCAGGACAAAAAACGCAAAGAAUUCUUCCGGGCGAAUCAACUGGACAUCUUUGACAAAGGGAAUCCAGACAGCAUCAAUCCAGAUCUGCCCAUCGACGAACAAACCGAGUUGUUGCCUUACGACAAACGAUGGGAAUUCCCGCGCGAUCGCCUCAAGUUGGGCAAACAAUUGGGAGCGGGGGCCUUUGGUAGAGUGGUUAAAGGGGAAGCUGCCGGAAUUGACGGAAUGGAUACGGUGACAACGGUGGCCGUCAAAAUGGUCCGCUCUCAUGGCAACAUGAUUGGAUUAAAAGCCUUGAUGUCAGAAUUGAAAAUUAUGAUUCAUAUGGGUUCCCAUUUGAACGUGGUCAACGUCCUUGGAGCUUGCACGAAAAGCGUGACCAAAGGCGAAUUACUGGUGAUUGUCGAAUAUUGUCGCUACGGUAAUAUUCAGAAUUACCUGAUACGCAACCGAAGUAAUUUCAUCAAUCAAGUGGAUGCUAGGGGUUACAUCAAUCCAUCCAUCGGAGCAGAUCUGCUCGUCGACGCUGAAGCGCAGAGAGGCUACCAAGUGCCGCGGAGUCCAAUGCGAUCGCAAUCGGACAGCAAUGACUACAACAGCGGGUCACCAACUGUCGCCACUGAAAUGAGUUUCCUGUCAAUGUCGCCAACUGGAGGCAGACAAUCGGAUUUGGUUGAAGGAGUGGACAGCAACGGACACCCCACAUUGACUUCAAUUCCUUCCAACGCAUCCGGCAACCAUCCUUAUCCACCUUGGAGGUCGAAUUACCGUGGCGAUUACCGCGAUUUGCCGGAACAGCCUUUAUGCACUCGAGACCUCCUCUGCUGGGCUUUUCAAAUCGCCCGCGGUAUGGACUAUCUGGCCCGUCGAAAGAUUCUUCACGGUGACUUGGCAGCACGUAAUGUCCUCCUGGCUGACAAUAAUAUCGUGAAAAUAGCCGAUUUCGGUCUAGCGCGCGAAGUCUAUCGCUCUGGCAAUUACAAGAAAAAGGGAGAGGGACCCUUGCCAGUCAAGUGGAUGGCUAUUGAAUCGAUCGUCGAUCGGGUGUUUUCGACUCAGUCGGACGUGUGGUCAUUCGGCAUCGUCCUGUGGGAGCUUUUCUCACUUGGAAAAACUCCUUAUCCGGGAAUGGAAGCAGAUGAGCAAUUUUUCAUCCGGCUGCAGGAAGGCUAUCGGAUGGACAAGCCGAAAUAUUCGCCCAACAAGAUUCACCAGUUCAUGAAAGAUUGCUGGGAGCACGACCCCACCAAACGGCCGGAUUUCUUGACGCUGUCGGAAGCCCUGGGCGAGCAACUGGACGUUUCCGUUCGCCGUCACUACAUCGAUUUGAACGACGCCUAUGUCGAGUCCAACAAUGCCAAGCAGUCGCAAACCGAUUAUUUGAGCAUGAUGUGUCCGGUCAAUUACGUCAAUAUCGGCAGCGGAGCUUCACCCAUGCCGCUGAGACCGACUUAUGCCAAUAUCCCGUCUCAGGACAUUAUGGCGGAUGACAUUAGCGGGCUAUCGUCGGAUUAUUUGGCCAUGACUAGCAUCGGUUCGCCUGCACGAACGAUUCCAUCAGGCGAGGACUACCUUUUUAUGACCAACAACGCGCCAGUUUCGCCCAAAAGUGACAAUCAGUCGGAUUCCAGCAAUUACGAAUUCAAAUUCCCGGCCAAAUUGCGCAAGAUCAACGAAGAGUCACCCAACAGCGUAGAAAUGUACCCGAUGUUGAAUCGAUUGUCGCCUAGUCAUUCCAACCAUCAAACGAGUCCCCCCGUCAACAACGUCAACGGCUUCUCCAAUCCCAACUACCAGAACCCACCUGUGAUCAAGUGUUCCGACCUGGACGAUCUUCCGCUAUCCCCCAAGAAGCCACCACCCGCCACUUCGCAGGUCAUUGGCAAUCAAUUGUACAUGAACAUUAGCCAACAGCCACCGCCUACCCGGAAUGAGGACGAUGAACCGCAUUACGCCAACCCUAAAAACAACGCCAGGAUCGUUUGAUAUCUCUCUCUCUUGCGUAAUCUACGCAGCCGACAGCUUAUCGCUUUUUAUUUGUUCAAAUGUCUGUUGAACUUGUAAUUUUUUUAUUUGGCGUCGUUGUCGUCGUUGUCUCACGAUUCGUAUCACCUUGACUUGACGUAGUAAAAAAACACGGGACGUGUUCCCUUUUCACGCAAUGCAUUUCACUUUGUGGCCAAAGCCAAAAAACUAAAAAAAAACUAAUAAAAACCAUUUUUUACAUAUAUUAUAUCAUUGUAUUAUCGUUGCCAGCCAAUUGCCGAAACGUACCUUUGAUUCCUUGUCUCUUUUUUUUACAUCAUCCGUGUGUGCUUUGGUGUGCAAUACUUUCAUUAAAUUUCUAAUAUUUCGUAAUUAUGUGUAUUUUGCCCAAAAAAGUACUUUAAUUGACCAAAUGUCUUUUUUAAAAAUUACAUCCAAUGUAUUAUUUGAAAUUUCUAAAAUAAGCUUACGGUGUUAUUUACAUGAGAAAAUCCCACGUUUUAAUUAAUACACACACACACACACGUA